AUGGCGCCGAUCAGUAGAUCUACCACGGGCCUUCUAAGCCUAAUCCUCUUAUGCCCGGGUGUCCUCAGUUCGGGACCCGCCAUCACCCCCUACGCCCGCGUCGCUCGACAAGCUGCGACACCCACCACUACUUCUUCAGCCAUUACCGCCGUCUCCGACUGCCAUCUGCACGGCGCCACAAUAUGGUGUAUGGCAGGAGCAGACGAAUUUCCCCUCAAGACUACUGUUACCGCAACCGAGGAGCUUCCUGCUAGUUUUACCGGAUGCCACAACCACGGUAGCGCCUUAUACUGUAUAGCCCCUAACGGCGAUGAUGUCGAAAUCGACAUACCCUCCGCGGCAGGCGAUGGUGAUACCGACGGUGACCAUGCCGACGACGAAUCAGGUGAAAGUGAAAGCGAAAACCCUUCUGGACUAAACUGCCAUUUCCACGCCGGCGUUGAGCAUUGUGUUGGUGCCGGAGAGUCGGAAUCUGGGGGCUCCACAACAGAAAAGAAGUGCGACAAGGUGGACCGUGAAUAUAACGUGCGCUUGAGGAUCGGUCUCAUUUUUGCCAUCCUUGCAACAAGUGCCGUCGGUGUUUUCGCUCCCAUCUUCCUCGCCAAAUGGCUCCCGUCGAAACUCAAUGUCAUCUGGGUAACGCUCAAGCAAUUCGGUACCGGCAUCAUCAUCUCUACUGCGUUUGUCCACCUCUUCGUCCACGCGAUGUUAAUGUUCCAGAAUGAUUGUGUUGAGGGCAUUGAAUACGAAGGGACGGCCGCUUCCAUCUUCAUGGCUGGCAUCUUUAUCUCCUUCCUCGUCGAAUACUUCGGCGAGCGAUUCAUGAGGUCCCGAUUGAAUAAGAAGAUGUUGAAUGGCAGUCCCGAGGGUUACUCCGUCGAAAAGGCUAACGCGUCACUUGAGACGGUCAACAUUUAUGUGAUGGAGGCUGGCAUUAUUUUCCAUUCUUUGAUCAUCGGAGUUACGCUUGUUGUAUCGGGCGACUCCUUUUUCAUCACUCUCUUCAUCGUCAUCGUCUUCCAUCAAUUCUUCGAGGGCCUCGCGCUUGGUUCUCGCAUUGCCAGCUUGGGCACAAACCAGCACCAUGCUCUCGCGGCGCUCGGCCACCACUCCGUCCAUCAGCAUGGCCCGGGCCAUCACCAGCAUCACAUCCACCCCCAGGAGCAUACGAGCGAGUCCUUGGCCAAGACCGCCGGCGGCGAGGCUACAUCUCUUAACGGUUCGAACCAGGAAGAGGAGAAGGCGAACUUCCCCAUGUGGCAUAAGAUGGUCCUCGCCGCGUGCUUCGCCCUCGUCACCCCUAUCGGCAUGGCCAUCGGCACCGGUUGCCUUUCGGUAUUUAACGGAAACGACCCGGCAACCGCCAUCGCCAUCGGCACACUCGAUGCGUUUUCGGGCGGUAUCCUGGUGUGGGUGGGUCUUGUGGAGAUGUGGGCCGGCGAUUGGAUGGGUGGUGAAAUGGCGAACGCGUCGGCGUUUUCGACUUUCAUGGGCAUUUUUGGUCUCAUGGCUGGUAUGGCCCUCAUGAGCUUCUUAGGAAAAUGGGCGUAA